AUGGCCUUCAGCGGAGGAUUCGUGGGCUCCUACGACCGUACGGCUCGUUUGAUGAACACAGCGUCGCCAAUCCCUGACCGAAGAUUCUCAGAGUCCUUGGGGGACAAGAUCUUUCACCGUCGAUCUAUGGCAGCGGACGAAAGGCAGGAAGAUGAGAUUGCGGAUUGGUCCACGCACUGGCAACACCGUUCAUCGCCUUCGAUAAGUAUAGCAAGUGGGAACCAGAAUCAAGCUAGGAUUGACGUGAACAUUGGAGAUGGCAGCGAAAUGGCACCAAGCGAGCAAUAUGGAGGAGUCCGAGAGCUCGCCCGGCAGUGGACGCGACAAUCUAGGGUGACAGAAGCCCAAGGCAAUCCUCUCCCUCGAGCGUGGACUAAAGCUGUGCUGCAACUGGCCAAAGACGACAAUGAGCAUUUCAAGACCCAGAAAGCCGGAGUAUGCUUCAAGAACUUGAGCGUCCACGGAUAUGGUACGGACUCCGACUAUCAGAUGACUGUCGGGACACUCCUCUGGCAGGCAUUGGACAUAAGCAAGAGGUACCUGGGCCACAAAGGACGCCGUGUUGAUAUUUUGCGAAAUUUCGACGGUGCAAUUCACCCUGGCGAAAUGCUCGUGGUCCUGGGUCCUCCUGGCUCGGGGUGCUCGACGUUCCUGAAGACCCUAGCAGGCGAAACGCAUGGUUUUGUGGUCGACAGGGACUCUCACGUCAAUUAUCAGGGUAUUGGCUACAAGCAGAUGAAGAAGAAUUUCCGCGGUGAGAGUAUCUACACUGCCGAACAUGAUACACAUUUUCCAUAUCUCUCUGUCGGAGAUACCCUCUACUUCGCUGCUCGUGCUCGAGCGCCGAGAUUCCUGCCAGAAGGCUGCACCAAACAUCAAUACGCGGAGAUGAUGCGGAACGUCAUUAUGGCAACCUUUGGCAUUCGACGCGAGGGCUCGAUAACUGAAGUCAAUGAUGUUGCAGUCGCGGUAGCAAUAUACCAAGCACCGCAAACGGCCUACGAAGUCUUCGACAAGGUGAUCCUUCUGUAUGAUGGACGUCAGAAUUUUUUUGGCUCCACCAAGAAGGCAAAAGACUACUUUAUCAACUUAGGAUUCAAAUGCUCUGACCGACAGACUGAUGCGGACUUCCUUACUUCUAUGACGAGUCCCGUCGAGCGUAUUGUGAGGCCAGGUUACGAACAGAAAGUGCCUCGUACUCCAGACGAGUUUGCUGAAAGAUGGAGACAGAGCCCCGAGUACGAGGCUCUUCGGAAAGAAAUUGCUAAAUUUGAGGAAGAUCACCCCAUCGGCGGCCCCGACGUACAGGAGUUCGUUGACUCCCGGAGAAUGCGGCAAUCGAAGAAUACUCGUCCGGGGUCCCCAUACACCUUGUCCUACGUUCAGCAAAUUAAGCUUUGCCUCUGGCGUGCGUUUGUUCAGCUAAAGGCCGACCCCGGCAUCACGCUGACCCAACUUAUCGGCAAUUUUGGUAUGUCACUCAUUAUUUCCUCGGUCUUCUACAAUUUGGACACCACAGCCGGGUCAUUCUACUCUCGCGGUGCUCUAUUGUUCUUUGCAAUCAUGAUGAGCGCAUUCGGCUCCGCCUUAGAGAUUCUUUCUCGAUAUGCGCAGCGUCCUAUUGUCGAGAAGCAUGUCCGUUACGCCUUAUAUCACUCUUCCGCGGAGGCCUUUGCUUCUAUGAUAUGCGACUUGCCGUACAAGAUUACGAACGCGAUUCUGUUCAAUGUCACCAUAUACUUUAUGACCAACCUGAGACGGGAACCGGCCGCCUUCUUUUUCUUCUUACUCUUCUCGUUCAUCAUGACGCUGACAAUGAGUAUGAUGUUCCGCGGCAUCGCCUCUAUCUCUAGGACGCUAGAGCAAGCGAUGGCACCAGCCGGAUGGGCAAGAUGGAUCAACUAUCUCAACCCGGUUGCGUAUGGGUUCGAGUCUUUGAUGAUUAACGAGUUUUCAGGCCGAACCUACUCCUGUACCGGCGGACUACUAGUGCCAAACUAUCCUAAUGCUAAGCUUGCCAACCAAAUCUGUUCGGCAGUUGGGUCUCAGCCAGCUCAAACUUUUGUGACCGGGGACGUUUAUCUCGAUUCCGCAUACGGCUACAAAGCGUCUCAUCGUUGGAGAAAUUUGGGCAUUCUCAUGGCAUUCCUGAUCGCAUUCAUGGUUGCUCAUCUGGCCGCGACAGAGUACAUCUGGGCCAAAAAGUCGAAAGGGGAAGUGCUUGUCUUCCAACGCGGCCGAAUUCCUCGCUCGCUCCAGUCCAGCAGUGCUGACGACAUUGAGAAGGUUCGUAAUGGCGAGAUGGCGGCUCCAUCCCAGUGGAACGGCAUGGAUGUUUCCGAGGUUGUCCAGAAGCAAACAGCCAUUUUCCAAUGGAAGGACGUAUGCUACGACAUCAAAAUCAAGGGGCAACCUCGAAGAAUUCUCGACCAUGUCGAUGGCUGGGUUAAGCCAGGGACCCUUACAGCUCUUGUGGGAGUCAGCGGCGCCGGUAAGACGACGUUACUCGAUGUACUCGCCAAGAGAGUUACAAUGGGCGUUAUCUCCGGGGAAAUGCUUGUCGAUGGGUGCCCGCGUGAUAGCUCAUUUCAAAGAAAAACUGGGUACGUGCAGCAGCAAGACUUGCACCUACAGACAUCUACAGUGCGUGAAGCUUUAAUAUUCAGCGCGGUACUGCGGCAGCCAGCACGUGUCCCUCGUAAAGAGAAGGUCGCAUAUGUUGACGAGGUUAUUAAGCUCCUAGAUAUGCAAGAAUACGCCGACGCUGUGGUUGGGGUUUUGGGCGAAGGAUUGAAUGUCGAGCAACGCAAACGUCUUACUAUUGGAGUCGAGCUUACCGCCAAACCUCAACUACUGCUGUUUCUUGACGAGCCCACGUCGGGUCUAGACUCUCAAACCUCCUGGUCUAUUCUCAAUUUACUCGAUAAGCUCACUAAGAACGGACAAGCCAUCCUUUGUACCAUUCACCAACCCUCGGCAAUGUUGUUCCAACGAUUCGAUCGGUUAUUAUUCCUCGCAGACGGAGGAAAGACAGUGUACUUCGGGCCCGUGGGACAGUCUUCGAGGACCCUGAUAAGUUAUUUUGAGAAAAACGGAGCGCCACCGUGCCCCCCCGGAGCAAAUCCGGCGGAGUGGAUGCUCGAGGUCAUUGGUGCCGCUCCUGGUUCUCACUCGGAUAUCGAUUGGCCGGUCGUUUGGCGCCAGUCUCGCGAGGUCCAGCAUGAACUUUCUACCAUGAAGCAUGAGCGGUCGAGACUUGCAUCUGUCGUCGACCAAACCCAUGACAAAUCCAGCUACAGAGAAUUUGCGGUGCCCUUCUGGAUCCAAUGGAUCCAGGUACAGAAGCGAGUCUUCGAACAACACUGGCGAACUCCCGGUUACAUCUAUGCCAAGUCCUUCAUGUCCGACAACACGCAACAGGGUUUACAGAACCAGAUGAUUGGCAUAUUCAUGCUGUUGUCCAUCUUCGGCCAACUGGUUCAACAGCUCCUGCCUCUCUUCGUCACGCAGAGGGCGCUCUACGAAGUGCGUGAGAGACCCUCGAAAGCAUAUUCAUGGCAAGCCUUCGUUGCAUCCAACAUUAUUGCCGACAUUCCGUGGAGUUUGAUCAGCGCAGCUUUACUCUACUUUUGCUGGUAUUAUCCGAUUGGUCUGUGGCGAAACGCCGAGCCUACCGACCGAGUCCAUGAACGAGGAGCCCUCAUGUUCCUUCUCAUUGUAGCGUUCCUCCUGUUUACGAAUACCUUUGCGCACAUGUGCAUUGCAGCGAUCGAAACGGCGGAAACUGGCGCCAAUAUUGCCAACAUCAUGUUCUCGCUCUGCCUAAUCUUCUGCGGCGUCCUUAUCUCGCCAACCGCAUUACCCGGCUUCUGGAUUUUCAUGUACCGGGUGCCUCCAUUCACCUACCUUAUACAGGCAAUGACAGCGACCGCCGUUGGUGACACGAGCGUCACCUGCGCCAAGAACGAGUACCUCACGCUCCACCCACCAUCGGAACAGACCUGUGGUGAAUAUAUGGGACCAUACGUUUCCACCUACGGCGAUUGUCUGACGGAUCCGUCCGCGAAAGCCAACUGUUCAUACUGUCGGCUGUCAGAGACAAAUGCGUUUCUUGCCUCUGUGGGAACCAGCCCUUCGGAUUCGUGGCGCAAUUUCGGUUUGCUCUGGGUUUACAUCAUUGAAAGCGUGGACGACGGCCAGCCUUUCAUAUCCCUGAACGACGAUGAAUUCCUAGGAUACUUUUUGAUUCCCACUCAAGACGUGCUCAACUUCCCCGAUUGCCGUUCCAGAAAUCGAACAAAUCCUUUCCGUUGGGUUUUCGGCUACCUCCAUCGCGUUCUCGAAGUCGCGGACGAUCCUCCCGUACCGAUAGGUCUCAUUGAGUCUCUUUUGGAGGUGCUGUUGAGUUUCAGCCCUAGGCGGACUAGACUAGUCACAAAAAGGGCCGAACCUCUGAAAAUUAGAGGCCGGCGAAUUAAGUGCGACGGACUUUUCAUGCAAGACCAGUGGACACUCGUCCCGGUGGCGACAUUCUUGGUUUCAAAGGGGUCUGAUGACGACAAGAUUCGUGAAGUUCAACAAAUCCUCACCCAAGCAAUUCUUGCGUUCACUCAACAACCCAAGAUGGAUGAAUUUAUUAGCUUUGUGGUGUGCUCGACCGGAGCGGCGUUGUACUUAGCUGGUGCCCACAUCACCCGAGGUUACAUCGAAUCUCUUCGUAAAGAUCAACGACCGAGCCUACGUUUACAAGUCUGUCGCUCCGCAAUCUACGAUCUGAAGAUUCCGGAUGGUAGGAAGGACGUAGCGAUGCUUCUACUGAGGAUGCUGAAAUACUUAGACGAGAGAAAACUGCCAUAA